ACCACUCCCACCACUGGUCUCUUCUCAGUCCACGGUGCCCCCCCCCCGUCCCGUUGGAGUCGUUGCCCACAUCGAAAGCCAGGAACCAAGCGCUUAGAAUACAUCGCGAUUGGAAGGAUCUCACGCACUCGGAAGGGAUGGGGCCAGCCAGGGCAGACCACACAGCAAUGAGCUGCACCUCCUCGGCGCUGCUGCUCUUCCUCCACCCUGAUCAGUGACCUUUUCUUGGGUGGUAGCGUCGGUCUUUAUGCCGGUCUGUGAGCCCUAGUUCGCCCGGGUCUAAGAGAAUGCGUGUAGCUUGGGAGCGAGAGCGGGAAGAGCACUGUGUAAGGCGUAUGAUUGCGGACACCCACGGCAGGGCAAGACCACAUGGUAGAACAAAUAUGUAUUGAGGGGGCCCAGUCUUCCUGUGCCGAUGACAAGAUCUUCUUGUCGUGUUCCGACGGAUUGGUUCUUCUAUCAACCUUAUUCCCGCCUCGCCGGUCCUGUCCCUGCUCUCUGCUCCCGGGAGCCGUUUGAUGCCAUCGUCCGGAUAUCUGUUGACAGAUCCUUGGGUUUGAUUUAUUCGUUUUAUUUGAUCUGCGAUCAUGUCUCGGUAGCAGGUCGACUGCCAUUUCCUUGUGAUACCUCUAUUGACCUUUCGUGGGUCGGUCAUUGAGUUCAACGAAGACGAAGAGGAAAGAAGAUCGACGAUUCCUACGAAUAACGACCACUACUACGCCUGGAAUAACCUCCGUUGAAUCAUUAGGAUCGCACUAUCAGAUAUGUCAACAACGACAACAACUCAGGCAGGAGGCGGGUUCUCUCUCUUCCCCAACACCAACGUCACACCAAGACCACCUUCAAGGCCGUCGAGAGCUGCGACACCUCAAGGUCGACCUUCGACAUCAACAGAACCAUCAUCGUCCCGGGAGGCAGGAAGGCAAUCGCCAAUUGGACGGGUAGUACUACGGGAAGGGAAGCAAAGGUCGGCUUCAAACUCCAACAACCCUUGGCAGUCAGCGCUAGACUCGGCUCGACAGCAGCGGGAACAUCGAGAGCAACCUCAGGAGCAACCGCAGCGACCACCACUAGUUGAGAACAUGUCAUCGGAUCCAAUCGUCGAAACCAGUGUUGCUGCGCCCAUCUCUGAAGCAGACGCGCCUCCACGCUGUGAGACGACACUGUCCGAGGCAGAGACGCUGGUCGGGCAGCAAAGUAGGGGAGCUCAAAGCUCGUUCGCCAACCCACCGAUUGCAUAUACUCCUGGACCUUUGAACACAGCAACGGUAGCAGCUCCUACCUCCAUCCCCGAACCACCACAACCACCACAACCACCACAACCACCACAACCACCACAACCACCACAGCCAGCUGCCAUUCGAUCGAUAUUCCCACGAUAUAACCCCGAACUGCCCCUAGAUCGUCAGGACUACUACCCUACCCAGGCCAGUCCUACACAUAUUCCCCAGUCCGCCAUCAGCAGACCCAUGUACUCAGCCCGUGACACCGAUCAGCAAAGUGAAGUUGGCACCAAUGCUGGUACAAAUGGUCCCAGUCAUCCCAGAAAUCGGCCGGUAGCCAACCCGUCCGUGACCUCUGGAUCCGCCAACCAACGGUGGCCUGUAACGCGCAGCCAUGAGCCGCCAGUGAUACCGACGGUGAACACCACCGAGGAACUUCGUGGUCUUUGGAAAGCCGCCAACGGAUGGCGAGCCACGCAGCUCGAAGGCCGGAAAUACUGCCUGAAAAUGGCGUCGGACGCCUACGCGCCCGUCUACACGCUCUCCUCAUCCUCCAAUCAGCCCUUCUACUGCCUGCGGGUCGACCCGACCUCUGCGUCCGCCCUGGUCUCGCUCUCGCGCUACGACCCCAACAAGACCUUCAAGGGUGACAAGUCCACCAGCGCGGCGGUGGGAAUCUCCGCCGCCUCGGCCGUGGCCUCUUCUGCUUCUUCCUCCACCUCUUCGGCGUCCUCCUCGCCUAUUCCGAGCGCCCGCGCCUCGUCCAGCACGCCCUCCCCCCGUCCUUCAUCCGUCUUCUCCCGCAACCCAAACGGCUCCGGCGGGGCGUUGGGCGGCGCCAGCAGCAAGAGCACCAAGACCAAGAAACACGACGCGAAGCACUGGCAAGAAGUAAUCUCCACCACCCUCGAGGCCGCCACGCGCAAGCAGCCGCCCAACGACGGGUUAGUCGCACAGCUAUGGCCCCUCACAGCGGCGCGCCUGGUGUCGGACCGGGCCACGACCGACGCGGCGACGGUGGCGGCAGCCGAGAAUGAGUGCGGCCGGCUGGUAUGGGACUCGGAUUCGGGCAACCACUACCUGGUGCACGCGGCCCUGGCGAUGCCAUUCUGCAUCACGGUCGAGCGCAACGCGGCCUAUAGCCGCACCGAGUACACGCUCGAGCACAUCGAGUCGCCCAACCACCUGGGCCGGCUGACGCGGGAUGGGACGGGCCAGGGAUGGCUGGAGAUUGAUACGGCGAUUGCGAGCCAUGUCGAGGCAGUGUACCUGAUCGAUGUGGCCAUUGCUGCACUGGUGCUGGUGGCGCAUGCUGAUGAGCAGUUUACGCGCGUGGAGACUUUUGAGCCGCCACCGUCGUUGUUGCGGGGUGCUGGUGGUGGUGGUGGUGCCGGCGUUGGAGGAAGCCAGAGGUCGAGCUUGGCGGAGUCCUUGUCGUCUGUGCUGAGAAGGAAUACCUCGGAUGAGAAGAACGGCAAUAAGGAUGAUAAGAAGAAGAGGAAGAAGAGGGAGAAGGACUUGGUCAAGGGGAUCAAGACCCGGGUCGAGCAGUUUGAGCUCGAUAUCGAGGCACAGGUGAAUGCGGAUAUGAAGGCCAAGAACGAGAAGAUGCCGGGUUGCACAAGGGGGCUUAUUGCCGUCUUGAAGUUUGCUUUUAAGGCGAUUAUCUGGUGUGCGACAUUGGUGUUUAAGGUGUUUAUGCUGCUCAUAAAAGGAUGCGGAAAGGGAGCACGCUGAAAUUAUAUCCUGAAUCAGAAAAGGAUGAUAGCAACCCAAGCAACUUGGCAAUACCCCAACAAGGACACAAUGAAACUGACAGCUGGAGGUCCAGAGAAAAAUCAUGCUGAUGGAGCUCAUGAAAAGGUGUAUAAUUUUUGCAGGCGUUUUGAUGAUGGGUCGGGUAUUAUUGUGGUUGGUAUUUUGCAUCAUCAUCAUCAACCGUACAAACAGCAGUAGCUAUGGGAGCUACCUAGCUGUCUUUAUAGACGGAUUUGAAUGAAACCCUCAGAAGGGACUAUUUGUGUUGAUGUCGUCAAUUCGCUCCUUGAAAAAAAUUGAACCCAGUGAAAAAUCGGAAACAGGAAGAAAUAGCCCAACAGUAAGAUAAGGGAACCGAGAGAGAGGGGAAAAAAAACGGAAACCUUCUGUUGAGUCC